AUGUGCCGAUGGGGAGUGUUUCUGCGUAGGCCAAAUAGGUACAUUACAGGCCAGAGGCUUCAUGAGGAAAUUCUCAAUUUGCCGUCGUACACAGCCAUACAGAAAGAAAUGGAAGAUGCGCGCAAGCUUACGGAGAGCAGGGUGGCUACGCUGCGAGACUGGAAGGACUUUGCAGAUAAGAGUAUUGUCUCUCCCAUUACACGGACAAAACUGAAGGCAGCCCUUGCCGCGGUGGAGGAGGCAGAGAGGGAAAGGCGGGCAGCCGCAGCAACUGUGGUUUUGGAUGAGAGGGUCUACGGUCGGUGUUGA